AUGGGUAUCAUCGAAGCCAUAUUGGAUCGCGCCUCCGUCAAGUCAGUUCUGACCUUUGCCAUUGGCGCCCUUGUCGUCCGACACAUCGUCCUUCGUUGGCACGAACGCAAUCGUAUCCGUCGGCUUGGCGAGCGAGGCAAGAGCCUUGAGACCUUGGUACCGUGGGGACUCGACUUUAUUUAUUCAGCUGUUACGGCUACUGCCAAUCAUAAGAAUCUCGAAUGGUGGCAUGACAUGUUCAGUAAAGCUGGCCGUUGGACGCUUGAGACUCGCGCGGUCAAUCAGCGUCUGAUUAUGACUGCGGACCCUGAAAACAUAAAAGCCAUUCUAGCAACACAGUUUUCCGAUUUUGGCAAGGGAGAGCCAUUUCACAGAGAUUGGCAGGACUUUUUGGGCGACAGCAUCUUCACGACAGAUGGCAUGAUGUGGCAAAAUAGUCGCCAGCUGAUCCGGCCUCAAUUCACACGUGAUCGAGUGAGCGACCUUGAAUGCUUCGAGCAGCAUAUGGGAACGCUUUUUCGCACCAUCGCUAAUGGCGGACCGCUCGAUGGCGCAAACCAGGCCGUGAGCUCCAGUGCCAACGGCAAGGUGCUUGACAUUGCGGACCUUUUCUUUCGCUAUACACUCGACGUGGCCACCGAGUUCCUGCUUGGUGGCGAUGUUCAAUCUUUGACCACUGUUGACCAGGAAUUUGCGAAAGCUUUCAACGACGUACAGCGGCUCCAGAAUAUUCUCGCGCGUUCUGGUGAUUUGCGCCCGUGGAUCCCCAAAGCCAGUUUCUGGAACGGUCUGACUGUCAUGAACGAGUUUGUGAAUCACUUUGUUGAUAUGGCUCUACGCCUGAAGCCCGAGCAACUCCAGAAUAGCAAGUCGAGCAAGCAGUACACAUUCCUCCACGCCGUGGUGGGGACUACCCGUGAUCGCAAAGUCUUGCGAGACCAAAUUGUUGCCGUUCUUCUCGCUGGCCGCGAUACCACUGCCAGCACGUUAUCUUGGGCCAUGUAUGAGCUGGCGCGACAUCCAGAGUGUGUUGCGAAGCUGCGUCGCGAAAUCCUCGAGACAGUCGGUGCCGACAGCCUUCCGACCUACGACCACCUCAAAAAUAUGCCUUACCUCAAAGCCGUCAUUAAUGAAACUCUUCGUCUCUACCCCGUUGUGCCAUUCAACGUGCGUCUCGCGCUCAAGGAUACGACGCUGCCACGCGGUGGCGGCGCCGACGGCACCGAGCCGUUGGCAGUGCUCAAGGACACUCCCAUCACUUACUCGACACUGGUUAUGCAACGCCGGCCGGAUCUGUACCCGGCGCCCUCGGCAGAGUUUGCACACUCGGACAUGUUCAGCCCAGAGCGCUGGGAACGUUGGCACCCCCGGCCGCACGAGUACAUUCCGUUCAACGCUGGCCCGCGCAUCUGUAUUGGCCAGCAGUUCGCGCUAACCGAGAUGAGCUAUGUGCUUGUCCGGCUGUUUCAGCGCUUCGACUUGGUGGAGAGCCACAUGGGACCUAUUGAUGGUGGCAAGCCUGUUCUCAAGGCUGAGAUUGUGUUGUCGCCGGGCCAGGGCGUACAUUUGUCCUUUCACGAGGCGGUUAAAUCUUAA